GAAAUAAAGCCGAGUUUUUACGUGCUUGUGUGUUUGUGAGGGAUACUGGAGGGAGGAGAAGUACAGAGAGAAAGAUUAUAACGCUGAGAUGCGGUGAACUGAGAGGCUCUCGAAGGAACAAUUGCCUCAUUAUUCAAGCCUGCAAGUGCUUUUGUUGGUCUUGUUUACCUUCUCUAGUGUUUGAAGACUCCGAGCGUUAACUUCCUGGAAACCUUGCCAUAAAGUGAUGCUAAUCUCCCCCUCUCCCCCUUGAAUGACGUCUGGACGCGUGGAAAGGGGACUGAAAACUCGCAGUGAAUGUCUCGCUGUGACUCAUUCAUUUCGCGUUAAAUGAGACCGGUUGCAGAGACGGAGAAGAGCCGGGAUUUAAUUAGCUGGGUUUUCUCAGUCCUCUGCUUAGUGAUCGCACAUUUGCGCUGGUAUUAAUCGUUUUUCCCCUCUUACACUCUAGCACCCCCACCCCCCUCUCUCUCUUUCUCUCUCUCUCUGUGUCUCUCUCUCUCUCUCUCUCUUUGGAGACUGUGGAUAUGAUUAUGCACCCCUGGGAGACAGACACCACAGCCGAGAAAGCCAUCGCUGCGCUUCCGUGGAGUUGUUCUUAGCAAGAAUGUCACCCACUUCUGCCGGUCUUAAAUUUUAAGUCAUUUUUAAGAGAGAAUUUCUAAGAGUCACGUCACGCGUUAUUUGCUAUAACUGUUUACGGGUGUGAGGAAAUGUUAGAUCUUGGCAGAGGUGUUCAUUCUGUUUCCAUUCGCAUUUAGGAUUUAUCAUAAAUGGUUAAAAUUAGUCCCAGUUAAACUGCGGAGCGUGCUCGUCUUCUUUCACUGAUAUUCUCUAACUAAUGGAUGUAACCUCCCUUUCCGUGGGAGCUGAAUUACCGUUGGGGGCUUCACUGUUCAACAAGCUGCGCCGCUUGCUCCUGGCUGCAAAACGAUGGGCGCAGUUUGCCUGAGCCUUCUACUCCGUCUUGCUUCUUCAGCCCAGCUUGUUGAAUCUCCUCCGUGGUGACAAGAAUGGAUUCGUUUUAGCAAACUUCUCAACCUUUCUGGUUUAAUUGUUGGCGGAUUGCGGGCUUCAUUCUUACUAAAAGUUGACCAUGGCUCGUCCCGGUGCUUGCGUGAAUCUGAAUUUUAUAUGGAGACUGUUUUGGCUCAUGAGUACUGUGGUGGAUUUCACGCUGCCCCAGGAGACGUAUGCCCCCCAUUCAAUACGGACUCAGGGGCAUCUGACCCUUGGUGGACUCUUCCCGGUUCACUCAAGAGGGAUCGACGGCACGCCAUGCGGGGACCUCAAAAAGGAGAACGGCAUCCAGCGGCUCGAGGCCAUGAUGUACGCUUUGGACCAAAUUAACCAAGACGAUCAACUCUUACCUAACAUCACCUUAGGUGCGCGAGUGCUGGACACUUGUUCGAGGGAUACGUAUGCUCUGGAGCAGUCAUUGACUUUCGUGCAAGCCCUGAUCACGAAGGACACCUCAGACGUGAGGUGCACUAAUGGGGAGCCACCGGUAUUUGUCAAGCCUGAAAAAGUGGUGGGAGUCAUCGGAGCCUCGGCGAGUUCUGUAUCGAUCAUGGUUGCCAACAUCCUACGCCUCUUUCAGAUCCCACAGAUCAGCUAUGCGUCAACAGCCCCGGAGCUGAGUGACGACAGACGCUAUGACUUCUUCUCACGGGUUGUCCCCCCAGACUCAUUCCAGGCCCAGGCCAUGGUAGACAUUAUCCGAGCCCUGGGUUGGACUUAUGUCUCCACCAUUGCCUCAGAAGGCAGCUAUGGAGAGAAGGGCGUGGAGGCCUUUACGCAACUCUCCAAGGAAGCAGGUGGAAUCUGCAUCGCCCAGUCUUUGAAAAUUCCACACAACCCCAAGCUGGAAGAUUACGACAAAAUCAUUCAACAGCUGCUGGAAACGUUCAGCUCGAGGGCAGUCAUAAUCUUUGCCAGCGAAGAAGACAUACGGGGAGUUCUCAAUGCCACCAAAAGGGCCAAUAAGGUGGGUAAUUUUGUGUGGAUUGGAUCUGACAGCUGGGGAUCCAAGAGCAGCCCCAUCCACCAGCUGGAGGAUGUUGCAGUGGGAGCAGUCACUAUCCUACCCAAACGUUCAUCCAUUAGAGGAUUUGAUGAAUACUUUACUGCUCUCACCCUGGAGAACAAUCGCAGGAAUGUGUGGUUUGCUGAGUUUUGGGAGGAAAACUUUGAUUGCAGGCUCCUCAGUGCCUCAAAGAGAGAGGAUUCCAGCCGCAAAUGCACAGGUCAGGAGCGCAUUGGGAUCGACUCCAAGUAUGAGCAGGAGGGGAAGGUGCAGUUUGUGAUUGACGCAGUGUACGCCAUGGCCCACGCUUUGCACAACAUGCACAGGGACUUGUGUGCCGAUCAUCCUGGCGUUUGUCCACAAAUGGAGGCUGCAGAUGGAAAGACUCUGCUGAAGUACAUACGCAACACCAGCUUCAACGGCAGUGCAAAUACCUCUGUUGUGUUUAACAAGAAUGGCGAUGCUCCAGGACGCUAUGACCUGUUCCAGUUCCAGAUGACCAACUCCUCAACCCCAGAGUACAAGGUGGUGGGACAGUGGGUGGAGAACCUCCAGCUUAGGCUGGAAGAGCUUCAGUGGCCAGAUGGGGGCCAGGAGGUUCCCACCUCUGUGUGCAGUCUGCCCUGCAAAACUGGAGAGAGGAAGAAGAAAGUAAAGGGCAUGCCAUGCUGCUGGCACUGUGAGCUAUGUGAUGGCUACCAGUACCAGUACGAUGAGACUUCAUGCAGACUGUGCGCAUACAACAUGAGGCCUAAUUCCAAUAGAACUGCCUGCCAGCCGAUACCCAUCAUCAAACUUGAGUGGCACUCUCCUUGGGCGAUUAUCCCUGUCUUUCUAGCCAUGCUGGGUAUCAUUGCUACCAUCUUUGUGAUGGCAACUUUUGUGCGCUACAAUGACACACCUAUUGUACGAGCAUCUGGCAGAGAGUUGAGCUAUGUGCUGCUUACUGGCAUUUUUCUCUGCUACAUCAUCACCUUUCUCAUGAUCGCCAAACCUGAUGUAGGUGUGUGCGCGUUCAGGAGGAUCUUCCUGGGCCUGGGCAUGUGCAUCAGCUAUGCCGCUCUGCUCACCAAGACCAACCGAAUCUACCGGAUCUUCGAGCAGGGAAAGCAGACAGUCACGGCCCCUCGUUUCAUCAGUCCCACUUCCCAGAUUGCCAUCACCUCCAGUCUAAUCUGUGUGCAGUUGCUGGGGGUGUUGGUGUGGUUUGCCGUUGACCCGCCAAACACCAUCAUCGACUAUGAUGAGCAGAAAACCAUAAAUCCAAUGCUGGCCCGCGGUGUGCUGAAGUGUGACAUCACAGACCUGCAAAUAAUCUGCUCACUGGGCUACAGCAUCCUGUUGAUGGUGACCUGCACCAUUUACGCUAUCAAGACAAGGGAUGUACCAGAAGACUUCAAUGAAGCCAAGCCCAUUGGCUUCACUAUGUACACCACAUGCAUAGUGUGGCUGGCCUUCAUCCCGAUUUUCUUUGGCACAGCGCAGUCAGCAGAGAAGCUGUACAUUCAGACAACCACUCUGACGAUCUCCAUGAACCUCAGUGCCUCAGUAGCACUUGGCAUGCUUUACAUGCCCAAGGUGUACAUCAUUAUCUUCCACCCUGAGCUGAACGUACAGAAGAGAAAGCGUAGCUUCAAGGCUGUGGUCACUGCUGCCACAAUGUCAUCCCGUUUGUCCCAGAAGCCCAACGAGAGGCCCAACGGAGAGGCUAAGACCGAGCUUUGUGAGAACCCUGCUGCUGACCCCAUGAGUCAAGCAACCAAGAAAACAUAUGUGAGUUAUAACAACCUCAGGAUCUAAUCUGUGUGGAAAUUAAAGCUGUUUGUCCUUUAUCUGUGAAUGGAAAAGUUGUAAAAGAUCAGAGAAAGACAGACAGCGAGUGCAGGCAUCCCAGCACCACCUGCAGUACCUAUGCACUCCAGGACUGUGGAUUGCAUCCAGCCCUCAUCCAGACAUGAUGCAUGAGUCCUGACAGAGACUAGCAGAGCUUUAGGCCGGUGAGGCUGGGUUGGCCCCUACAACCAAACUGCAGGUUGUAAACUUGUGUUGUGGCCCCAGAAUCUGUCUCUGACAGAGGUCAACUCACGUGUUAACAAGGGUCACUGUGAAUGAGUGCAAAUGCAAAAAUGGACAGUGGAUCUGCUUCAAGAUUUUUUUUUUCUUUUGAAAUGUCAUUAAAGCCAUAUUCUCUUGAGGUUUCCAUUAUCUGAUUUCUGUUUUGUAUUGUUUAUAAGUGAUUUACUUCUGUGCCUCUUUUUUUCUCAGUUGAUUUAAUGACCUUGAACAGCAAGCUCUGCCACAUACAGUAUUUUGUUUUAACAACUUCAACUCUAAUCAGUCCCAAAUGAUUGUUAUGUCAGAGUGAUGGGCAUUGUAAGUAGAUAUUUUUUUGUAAAUAUUUGAGAGUAUUUUCAUGUUUGGAGUACACAAAAAUAAAUAUCCAGUCUUUGUUCAAUUGGAUUUGGAUGGCAAUGAAAAGCACCAAAGUGUUCACUUUGCAUGUGCCAAUGUAUGUCUGUUCUAUUUGAUGUAAACCUUAAAAAAAUUAUAAAUAAAUUCUGAAAAUGAUAA